AUGUGCAUAUGUGACCAGUUCAAACGGGCCUCAGCGGUCACUCCAGGCGUCCUGUACAGUACUGCUCUUAAGAGUUGGACGGAGUUCCGAGAAACUUUUCGUGGGCGGCUGAGUUUGAAGCGGUUCGCGGCUCUGCCACUAGGGUGUGCGCCUGAGCACUCUCUGACACAAAAGGAGGCACAGGGGGAUUCUCUUGGGCGGUUUGCGCUCUCCUUGGUUGUCCGGGCCCGGCGGUUGCCAGGGGAAACGGAGGACACAAUGGCGGGGGAGAGUCCGCAUGAAUCAAAGAAGAUGGUGUACAUUUCCAUGUCACUGAUUGCGAAGCGAAAUUUGCAACUCCCUGCAGAAAAACAGACACCAGAAGACAUAACAAAAGCUGUGGCGAAGCUAACAACAGUUCGAUUGGAUCGGGAGAAUAUUGGCACCCUUGAAAAUUUUGAAUGCUUGGAAAAUGUCUGCAGUCUUUAUCUUCAGCAGAAUCAGAUAAAGAGGAUAGAAAAUUUAGAAUUGCUUUGCAGUUUAAGGUUUUUGACGCUGGCUGGUAACAAAAUCCAAAAGGUGGAAAACCUUAAACCUUUGCAGCAACUGGGAUUCUUAGACCUUUCAAAUAAUCAGAUUGAACAGCUUGACCCAGGUGAAUUUCCAGAGAGUCUCAUCAUUCUGAAGAUGAUUGACAAUGACUGCACCAAACAGGAACGAUAUAGGGAGAGGAUAAUAGGGGCUCUCCCUGCUCUCCAGCAACUUGAUGGUAACCCUAUUCAAAGGAGGAAGGAACCAAAUGAAACUGAUGAAGCAAAUGGAACCUCUGGAGAUUCUGAAAGUGAGGAGGAACAAUAUGAUUCUGAAAUUAAAAAGGAAGAUUCAUUGCCUGAGAUCUCAGUUUCACAAGGAAAAAUGAAAGAAUUCUUUGUCGAUAUUCACAAAGAAAUAGUUUGCCGAUCUCAAUGGCGAAGGAAGGAAGCUGAAACUGACCAUAAAUUGAGGAUGAAUGAACUGGAGGAGAUUCGGAGGGAGAUAACUCAAAGACAGUAUGAACCAGUAAGAAUGAAAAACAAUUCUAGUUAUCUAGAAUGUGAUCGGAAUGUCAUUUUAAGUGAAGCGGGAACAAAGGAAAUGCAGAUCAGGGACCCACAGCUGAAGCUCUUGACUGAUACUCCUGGAAAACAGAUACAUGGCUAAUAGGCAGAUUGCUUCAAAACAAUUUGACAAUUGGCAAAUGGAGCACUUUUCUAUCCACUUCUGUUUUAGCCUAAAAAAAUACAGAUUCAAUCAUAUUUAGGAGACCCAGUCAUGGACUAAGUAGCUUGGAUAUUUCCCAUUAAAGAGAUAAUAGAUUAUAUUUGGAUCAGAAGUUUUAUAACAAUGAAAAACCUUCUCUCUUAUUAUUUGACUGAGUUGGUAAAUGUACUGACCAAUGGGGUAGCUGAACCCUAUAGACCUAGACUUCCAAGUUCAUUCUCUGAUCUGUAGCUUUCUGCUACACUGUAUUAAUUUCCAAUGCAGCCUAAUUGGAGUGAGUAGAUUUAUGAUUCUCAAAAGCUGACUGGCCCUUUGUGGCCCCAGGUGCACUGUCCCAGUUGAUACAUAGCUAUAAGGAUCAGAAAAAGAUAUAUGGUCUGGUCAAUGCUGAGUCUAUUUUGACCAAGGCAGUGGUAUAACAGAGUACUGAGACAGGCAGUCUAGCCCAACAUGUCUUUGCCAGUGUCUAUGCUACACAUGAGAUUCACCUAUGCUUCUUCAACUUAUCCCUCUAGUGUUUAUCUAGCUUCCCUUUUAAUGCCUUUCUGCUAAUCACUUCAGUUAGUUGUUCUGAAAAGUAGACAAAAUCCUUUUAGGUGGCUGUAAUCACAUGAUGACUUUUUGCCUUACCAUUGAAUUAAGAAAAUGUCUGAGAUGUGUUGCCAACAGAAUGGAAAGGUUGCCAUACUGAGCCGAUAGUUAGAAGAGGACAAGCUGAUUGAAAGAAAUGUUCUUACUUUGUAUUUGGAAAAUGAUCAUUUUAAUAAAUUUUGAAAGAUU